GAUAUUGCUAAUAAAUAUUUGCAGAUUUUAAAUGACCCUAAAAAUACUUCUAUUUCAAAUCCUAAUAUACGUCACCAUAUUAACAAUAACUAUUCAUCUCAAAGGAUCGGUAGAAUUAUAACAUUAAUACAUAAAGAGAAAUCAUCAAAUAAUUGGAAACCUGUAGCUUUAAAAGAGAGAUUAUACUAUAUUAUCGCAGAGGAGCAUCUGGCUGUUAGACAUGGGGGCGCAAGAGCUAUUUAUAAACAAGUAUUAGAUAAAUAUCAUGCUAUAAGACCUAUUAUUAGCAAGUUUUUUAUGCAACGGCUUCAG